AUGCCACUCAGUCUACGCGAGCUACUGGCCCAGCCCUUUGGCCCAUUACCAGAAACUUCAUUGGAUAUUCCUUUUCUCAGAAAGAGAAAUUUAACUCUGUCUCUAUCGUCGGUUAGGAUGUUUCUGCCCGGACGGCAAGGAACUGGUUUGGACGAGACAGAAUUUGUGGAUGGUUUUGCUGGCAAUGUGCAGUUCAUGGGACGCUUAUUAAUCGAAGAUUUACGUUGGCUUUCUACUCGUGGAUAUGAACAACUCGAGCGCGAGCUGCGAGAUAGGGACUUCGACACCAACAACAAUCCGAAUUCAGGUCUCACUCUUCAGUCAGUCUAUGGAUACAGACCGGGUGAGGGUUCGAGGAUCACUGUCUGGCUCGUAUGCAACAAGAACUUGACCGCCGCCUUUCUGACAUCCAACAAUAAUUCCAACUCCUUGCUCCUUUCGUCCUCGAACGAGAGACGCUACAAGAUCAUCUCUCUUGACGUGCAUACCUAUCGACGCACCGGAGGAACCUCUGUAGCUGACCACACCAUCGACUGGCUGAUAGAAUGCAUUCGUCAGCGCCACGAUGGGGACAGCUCUGAAAGGCGUAUCCUAUAUGAUAGCGACGAUUCCGAGAUAGAAAUCGACAUAGAAACCGAGCAUGAAGGAAACCGAGGACAACUCAGGCGUCGUCGGCGCGCGCGUCACUUAUCUAAGGCAGAAGUUCGGGCUGUCCUAGCCAAAGACGCGAGAUGGCUGUUGGCGGAGCACCUGUUUCGGCGAGCCGACAAACGCUCCCUGAGUGUUCGAGCGCUGUGUCGAUUUUGCACCGAGAUAGCGCGUUUGAAACAACGAAGUGGGAGGCGUCCCAGGGUCGGUGAUGAAGCUUCCGACACGGCUCUUUUCGGCUUUAAUAUCAACUUUGAUGAGUAUUGGAAAAAUAGAAAGACGAAGGUAGAGUGGCAGAGAAAGCUGAACGAUGCUUUGAAGUAUGAGGAGGGAGAGAAGAUUACAAGAAACAAUUUGAAUCCCUCGGGAGUCAGCGAGCCUGAACAGCCUGAAAUCCCUCCUGAAACUUUGCCGGUAUAUUAUUACGAUGACGAUAUGUCGCAGGCUUCUACAUCUGCAGCAUCCGAUGCAGAGGACGAAUGGAAAGCAGACUUGCGCCGCUCGAUCGGUCGCAGUAUACCUCCAUGGUUAGCCACACCACCAACAUUACCACCUCCGGGAACUUUUACAUGGGACUGCAAUUGUGGAUAUCAUAUCGAUGUCCUGGAAUGGUGUAAGGGUAACAAAGGUCGGCGCGCCAAUGGUGCGACUCUGCAAGAUUCAGAUGUGCUCCUCCGCCGUUUGCUUCGAUCCAUUUCUGAUCACUACGAGGAGCAUCUGAAGGAAAUCGGUAUUCUGGAGAAGGUGAAGCUCGAGGAAUUGAAUACAAGAAGGGCCAGGGCGGAUGCUUGGGUAAAGGCAGAAGAAUAUUAAGCUCUAACGUGGUAUGUAAGGCGGCAGAAUGUUCGCGUACUGUUCCUCGCUGUACUGUGCCCACGACGGGGAAAUAGCUUACGUCUUGAUGCCGGGGGUGAAAAUCUUCCUUAGACAUGUUUCACCCGCUCAUCGCUGAAGAUCUAGGGUGACAAUGUGGUAACUUCGCUACAGAGUGUUGUCAAGGAUCACCGAGUAUACUCCGGAAUAUACUCCUGAAGUGGCUGGCAGUAGUAUUGUGCUAGAAAAUGCUGGAAUUGACUGGAUAGUACACGGAAGGACCAGUAAACGGAAGAAAGUCCAGGCAAAUACGGUUAACUCGGCCAGCCACAGGUGGACCUAUAUAGGUAUAUACAUGACGUCACUAAACUGUCAUGGUCGGAAUGUCCU